AUGGCACAAACAAGGCGUGUGCCAGUCUUUGGUUCACGGCCCCCAUGUGCAUACCAAUCCAGACUUGAUGAACGUAGCUUACAAUUACGUAUGGCUAGAUUGGAACGGUCCAGAAAGUCAGAUAAACCGGAGGAUUUUGUUUGCUAUGAAGACUCGGAUGAAGAAGAAGAGAGCACAAUGUCAUUAUGUACUAUGCUAAACUCUUCUUAUAAUUUUGUUGAUUAUAUAAGAAAUCGUGAAUAUGGAAUGCGAGAGUAUCGUUCAGUAAAUCAAAAUCAUGGUACAAGGCAUAUACUAACACAUGACUUAUUCAAAGAACGGUCUAUACCAUUAAAAACAAUGAAUAAAGUUUUUUGUUCACAAUGGCUUAGUAGUAAACAAAUUGUCUUUGGUACAAAAUGUAAUAAAUUAAUGGUUUAUAAUGUAAAAUCACAUGAACUGGACCAAAUACCAUCAAUAAAGGGACGUAUAGAUGAAGCAGCUGAUCAACAAAGUGGUAUUCAUUCGUUAAAAAUUAAUCCAUCCAGAACGUUAUUGGCAACAGGCGCAUAUAAUUCUAAUGAAAUCGCUGUAUAUAGGUUGCCAACAUUAGAUCCUAUUGUUCUAGCCGAGGGUGCUCACAAAGAUUGGAUAUUUGACAUUGAAUGGUUGGAUGAUGAGUUUUUUGUUAGUGGAUCACGGGAUACCAAACUUGCUCUAUGGCAAGUUCAAGAUAAAUACCAAGAAAAGUAUGAUUCUGAUGGUGACCUCAUACAACCAGUUACUCAAUUCCUCAAUCCUGCAGUUAUAAGAAGCUGCAAGACAGCACAAAAAGUCCGAGCAAUCACAUUUAAUAAGAGUUUAAAAGAAAUGGUUACAUUGUCACUAAAUGGAUAUGUUCAUGUUUGGGAUGUUGAACGUUUUAGACAAAGGUUUUCAAGAAGAUUAUCUUCUUGUCAGGACAAUGUCUGCAUGGCAAUGAAAAAUGAUAGUAGUUUAUAUGCUGUUGGAUGCCGUUCAUAUACACUGUUACUUGAUUCAAGAACUUUACACACCAUAAAAAAAAUCCCUGCAAGAUAUAGUGGAUGUGGAAUUAGGUCUUUAAGUUUCCAGGAUAAUGUAAUUACAAUUGGUACAGGUGUUGGGGUUAUAAUGUUCUAUGAUAUACGGGCUGGAAAGUACUUAGAAUCUAGUAUUAACUCCAGUAGAGCAGUUGUGUUAAAAACAAGUAGAGGUUAUGUUUAUCCUGAUGAAGAUUUCAUGGUGGAUCAAGGAUUUCAACAAGUCAAAUAUACACCUGCAAUUUAUACACAUUGCUACGAUUAUUCAGGAACCAGAUUAUUUUCUGCUGGUGGACCGUUACCAGCCAAUUUAUGUGGCAAUUAUGCAGGCUUAUGGCAAUAA